UUGUUCUCUUUUGUUUCAGUCAUGUGUGCAAUUUGAUACCUUGUACGAUUAUUAAAAAUACUAUAUUUGAUCACCUACACCGUGAAGUAUCUCGCACACACAUCACACACGCACAGCGGAGCUGUAACGUUGAUUGAACCACAGGAUUGAACAAAGAAUUGCACUUUUUGACAGUGACAGGCUUAGGGCUAAAGUCGAACCACGAGUCGUUCGAUUUUUGGGAGUUUAGAGGUGUGAUUUGGUUUUUGGUGCCAACCUUUCGCUUGAAACGACAAACUCUAAUUGGGGCCAUUUUGAGGGUAGAUAUAAUAAGAUGGACCAAGAAGUCUUGACAACGCUCAAAUUGCUAAUGAUAGGUGAAACUAACGUAGGAAAGUCUAGUAUAUUACUCCGAUUUACCGAGGAUGAGUUCAACGAAAACAUGCAGAGCACAGUUGGUAUGGAUUAUAAAACUAAACAGAUUACCAUCGACGGCAAUACGGUGAAACUCGCAAUUUGGGAUACGGCUGGCCAGGAACGUUUUCGUACAUUAACGCCAAGUUACUACAGAGACGGGCAAGGUGCAAUUCUGAUGUUCGAUGUAACGGACAGGCAUACUUUUACAAAGCUUGAAACGUGGUUAAACGAGCUCAACACUUACUGCAAUAAAAUAGAUAUUGUGAAAAUGGUUGUGGGGAACAAAAAUGACUUGCCCAACAGGGAAGUGAGCAUGGAGGAGGGCUUGGAAUUUGCACGGCGACACCAAACUUUGUACAUUGAAAGUAGUGCAAAAACUGCAGACGGAGUAAGGUGCUGUUUUGAAGAACUCGUUGAAAAGAUAAUACAAACUCCUGGACUAUGGGAAGCUAAUUCAACAAGAAUGUACGGUGCCGAUAGCUUAGGCGGAACAAGGAAUCGCCUGGGUAAAAGAGGAGUUCAAUUGACAGACGAUUAUGAACCACAAAAUCCUUACUCAAACUGCUAUUGCAGUUUAGUCUAGCAAAACGUCACAAGUUUCGAAUUAAUUUUACACACCAAUCACUGAAAAUUAGGUACACUGGAAUCAGCUUGUGGUAUAGCGAAAACGAAAAAUUAUAUUGUAAUAUUGUCUUCUUUGGCUAAUUUCUAUUGACCUUAGUUUGUAAGAUAACCAAUCUGGAAUCCGAAGAGAUUCUUUAAAGAUUUCCAUAUGUGAAAUAGUCUGGAGUAAUGUAAAUAUAUCUGUGGUGCAUAUGAUGUGGAGAACGUUUUAGCAAUUGAUACUUAUUCAU